GACGCAGCAGGUUAGACGCAGCCGUUGGUUGUGUUGACAUGGAGGCGAUCAAACAAAAGUCUCUCGUCAGCCUGUGCUCCUGUUGUCCGCGGCGACUGAAAGCCUUCCUUCAGUGAACUAUGAUCAUAUUGGUCAGAAAGCCUGUGUGUGUGUGAGAGAGGAUCUGAGAGAAUGAGGAGGAAAGCGAGUGUUUUGAGGCUCAGUCCGAAUGAGGAGGCGCAGCUGGUGCGCGAGGAGCUGGAGAGCCGGAGGAAACUGCGCCUGCAGCAGGUGCGCGAGCAGGAGCGCUACAUCGCGCGGCAGGUGCGGCGGCAGGUGCAGGAGCGCAGACAGCAGCAGCUCCAGAUGCUCUCGGACUCACUGCAGAUCGAGUGGCAGCAGCAGCACACACUCAAGCUGCAGGCCUUGUCCACGCUCUACCAGCACAGCCUGGAGACCGUCGGGCACGCACACCGCAGCGCGCAGGACAGCGAGCCUGAUCUGGAGGCGUUGGCUGAGAAGAGUGUGGAGAGGCAGGAGCGAGCGGAAGAGAGACAUCGGGAAGCUCUGCGAGAGCUCAGCGCCCGCAGACACGAGGAGGAGCAGCAGCGCUGCAGGCUCAUUGAGGCUCGGAGGAAAGCUCUGGUGGAGGAGAAGAAGCGCGCCGUGAGAGUGGCCAGUCUGCCGCCGCCGCCGCCAAACCCAGUGGAGAGCAUCGGGAAGGCCACGCCACGGCCAAUCAGGGCAGCCGCAGAGCUCUUCUCGGUCACACACUGUCACAUGCCUCACUCCGCUGUGGACAGGGAGACACACACCGAGCAGCAGCCGAGCGCUCGACAGGCCGCGGCUCUGGAGCUCCAGCGAGUGGAGGAUCUGCGGAGAGAGGCGGCUCGUGAGCGGCAGGAGCAGCUGGAGAAGGCUCGUCUCAGGGGGACACACGCGCUCCGCAGAGAGCAGCACACACAGGACCGUGCGCGGCUGCUCUCCGAGCUGGAGCGACUGCAGACGGCUGAUCUGCUGCGCCGCAGACAGGCGGUCCACAGUGUGCCGGCGCAGAUCUUCCAGCCUCUCUACAGACACGAGGAGCUCCGGGACGAGCAGCAGCGGGAGCUGGAGAUCGCCUUUCAGGACGUGUACACGCAGGAGCGCAAGGUCAAAGGUGACGUGGUGCUGCAGCUGGUACCCGAACCUCUUCCUCCUCUGUCUGCUGCCAGUCAUGACGAGGAGCUGGACGUGACCCUUGACCCUGAAUGUGCACCUGAAGGGGAGGAAACACCCUCUGAAACACCCGGUGGGCAGCCAAUCAGAGAGGAGCAUGUCAGAUCUGCAGUGACGGGACCGCCAUGA